AUGAAGCGUCCACAUUUUGAUUCUCCACCGCUGCCGAAGCGCAAAAAGCGUCGAGGACGCCGCAAGUCUAAAGCGGAACGACUGGCACGCAUAACCUCUGAGCCUAAACAAACCGAUGACUUAUUUAGACUGUUAAAUGAUUACUCUAGUUGCAAAUGGGACGCAGCGCAGAGUCUCGCACUGCGAAUGGGGACUCCGGACGCCCGAGCGAUGGUCGUCCGUAUAAUUUUAAUAAAACACAAAGCCCCUCGAGCUGCGGCCCAUUAUGCUAAGCGUCUUGAUAUGCAAAAUCAUGAGCUGCUGAAUGCUGUUUUGUCAAACUCAUCGCCUUCGUCGCUAGCACCUCUUUUGCUAGCUCAAUUUCUGGUCGAGCUUGACGAAACUUCGUUGGCGACGGAAGAAAGACUCAAUCGAUUUUUAUGGCCAUGGCUACUUCAAAUUGUGGAACAGCAGGCAGAAAUAGCAUCAGUGAAGGCGGCCGUGCACUUGCUGCUGCAUCCAACAUCGUCUGACGACGCAAAAGUGCAGGAAAAGAAGGAACAGGGACGGAAACUAGAACGUGCUUUGGUGACUAAGUGUCUGAAAGAAGGAAAGUUGCUUCAUCUUGUUCCACCACAUGCGCUUGCAUUUGCGGAUCGAAUGAGUGUCUGCUCUUCGAUAGCUCAUGAGGACGAGAAGACGGACCUGAAGUUUGAGGAGACUAUCGAUGUGGAGAUGCAGCGACGAUUCAGUGUCGCUCAUCACGUACAAGAGGUCCUUCGUCUCAUGUGGCCAGAUACCCGAGUGUUUCUUUUUGGGUCCUCCGUCACUGGGUUUUUGUCGACUUUUGUCAACGACGAGUUUUAUUCACCCGACGUUGAUCUCUGUGCACUGCUGCCAUCUUCUCCUCAAUUCCGCCAGGAUACGGCGCCUCUAAUCACCGAAAUAAAAGAGCAUCUAAAUCUAUAUUUUUCUUCCGACAUGACUGAAGAUAGUGAGCAAGUCACUGCUGUCACAAGAGCUCGUGUUCCUAUUGUGCACUUCGUGGACCCAUCGACAAACCUUCUGUGUGACCUUUGCGUCAAUAAUGUGUCUGCAUUAUGGAAUACGCGACUGUUGCGGCGGCUAUUGUAUGGUGGCGCUGACAUCACUACGUUAGAGCAACAACAAUUGGUACAUGUCCGACAUUUUUGCAAAUGGAUCCGUAAAUGGCGUCGCAUAAAGAAGCGUGCCGUUGGAGGUGCUUUGAGCUCUUACGGACUUAUGCUGCUAGCCAUCUACUAUUUGCAGCGAAUAAGUGUUCUUCCUGUUCUGGACUGUAGUACAAACGCCGUCGAAGAUGAAUUAACUCUUCGCACUCUGACGGAAGAAGAACUAGACAAGAGGAUUCAGGCUACUGACACUGUAUUUGUUGACGCCAACGAUAAAUGUCAAGUCGUACGACAUUGGCAGACACUUCGUCGUGGAUUUUUUCGCUUUUACACAUGCGAAUUCGACUACGAACAGACAAUUGUCAGCUUACGAACAAAAGAAUUAAUGUAUAAAACAAGCAAAGGCUGGUCUCGUCAAAAGAAUACCCGACUCUGUUUAGAAGAUCCGAUCGAAAUCGAACGCGAUCUUGGACUUUUAUGUUCGAAGCGUGCACUAGGUCGUCUGCGUUGUGCCUUUGCUCACGCUUGCAUUGUACUCAGCAAAGCAGAAGAGAAUGAAGAUCUAAGAGACUUAGAAACAAAUUUACUGGCUUCGUGGAAGUACGAAGACGAAAAUGCUUGA